GCUCGCUCAACACAAAGUAAAGAAACGGAUGCACAGCACAUAUCACCAAUACUCAGGGUCAAUCUUUAUUUCCCUUCACCCACAUCCUCUUGUACCCACGCGACUCAGCCGCUCGACUGCAGCAACAGCCCUACCAAGAUGCUGCUAUUCUCAUUAUUGUUGUUAUUCUUAUUAAUUGGUACAAGAUCCUGUAUGUUUUUUUUCGCACCUUGCCGAAGAAGAACAGUAUUGCAUAUUUGCAUGUCCUUCUUCGAUGUUUUAUUACAUUACCCCCCAGCUCUUUCGCUCUAUUUCUCUCAGUCCACUGUAAUGUUCUUUUGCUCUCGCUCGCACGAUCUUUCCAUUUCCCUCUAUUUGUCUGUUUUUACUAAUCAACUCUGGCUUUCUCUCUUCUACCCCCCGUUCUCCUAUACUCCCUCUUUCUUUUAAGAUUCUUUCGAGCCCUCACGCCACUCGUUUGUAUAAUCUUUUCUCUUUUCCUCUUCCUUCGUUUGCAUUCACAUUUAAAUCGUGCUUCUUUUCUUUUUGCUUUCCUUUGUACAUCUUUUU